GUAAGAAAAGCAUUUUUCAGUUUUUUCAGAUAAUUUUGCAAUUAUCGGGUCAGUGAUACAUUCUCUCGGCGGUUCGACGUAAUUACGAUGGCUUCUGAAUUUCGGUGCUCGCGACGCACAUUUUUAUUAAAAAUAAUAAAGGGACAAUUGACAUAAAGUAGACUUUUCAAGUUCGAAAUAUUCAAAACUGAGGUUCCGAGCUUGCAACGGAUUGACAUUUUCCUUGUGAAUGUGCGGAUUUUAUUAUAAAAAUGCCGAAUGCGUUAUCGAGAGAGAGAGAGAGAGAGAUUCCAAACGAGCGAUGAUAACUGAUGAUGUCGGAUGAUGUUGACGGCUUCUCGUCUGCGGCUCGAUAUCCCCGCGCAACUUAUGAUUAAAGUAAACGCAAUUAUCAUGUGAAUGUGAGUGACAAAACUGCAUCGGAAGCACUCGCAAAAGUAUCAGUUUAUCGUUAACGACGUUCCGCGAAGAGAUAUGCUCCAUCGGGGACGGAUGUCACUUCACUGAUAGGUUAUAUCCGCAAGUGGUCAAAUGAAUCGAUCGUAGUACAGGAGGAAAGGCUAAAAGCAAACCAUGUCGAGGAAGUGGUUAUCAAAUUUCACGCUGGCCGGCACCAUCAGGUUGCUGCUGAUGAAUUCCGAAUAUCAGAAAAUCAUUGGCAAUCGCGUCGAGGUAUCGACCGCUUUGAACUCCUGGAAGAGAGUAACCGAGGGCGUCUACCUGCACGAAAUCGGCAUAGAUCCUUAUCAAGGAGACCUGUUUCACGAAACUCCCAUCGGCUUAUACUUCUUCAACUUCGUACAGAAGAAUUUGCCUCGGUGGGCGCUAUUCCUGCUGUUCGUCGUCACUGACUUGGCAACCGCCGUGUGCCUCGCUCUUACCGCAAAGCACUACGCGAUUGAAUUGACAACGAAGAGAAAAAGGGAAAAGAUCCAUAACGAAGGCACGCUCGGUGAUGGUGUUUCUAGCACAUCCGCCCUGUACGUCUGCGCGGGGUAUCUGUUCAAUCCUUUCACAAUACUCAACUGCGUGGGCCUCACCACCACGGUUUUCACCAACUUGCUCUGCUCGAUCGUACUGGUUUCGAUGACCAGACGUUCCACGCUGUGGAGUUGCGCGUCGAUAGCGUUGCUGACGCUGCAAGGCCUUUAUCCCGUGUCGCUCAUGGUACCGGCGACCAUCUACGUCGCCAAUGCGACCAAGGAGAAAAGAACCGGUAUUAUUACAAUGUUAAUAGUAUUCACGGGCAUUUUAGCGAUGCUCUUCGCCAUCUCGUACUGCAUCAUAGGGGGCUGGUCAUUCCUGCGGAGUACCAUCGGUUUCAUCCUCACCGUUCCCGACCUACGUCCGAAUAUCGGGCUGUACUGGUACUUCUUCACGGAGAUGUUCGAACAUUUCAGAUGGCUUUUCAUCGCGUCUUUUCAGAUAAACGUUAGCUUACUGUACAUAGUCCCCCUAGCGCUUAGAUUACGACGCGACCCGAUGCUGCUAGCGUUCUCCUACCUGGCGAUAGCUGCGAUAUUCAAGUCCUACCCGUGCAUCGGGGACGUUGGCUUUUAUAUAUCAUUACUGCCACUCUGGAAGCACUUGUUCCAACAUAUGCAACAGGGAUUUAUCGUAGGAUGUUUUGUACUGUUUUGUACCGUCUUCGCUCCGACUGUGUGGCAUCAGUGGAUCUACUCCAGAUCGGCGAACGCCAAUUUUUAUUUCGGCGUGUCGCUGGCCUUCGCCAUUGCGCAGAUCUUCCUCCUCACCGACAUCCUGUUCGCCAGCGUGAAACACGAGUUCGCGGUUCAACACGGUAUCAAUAAGAAAGUUAACGGAAACGAGGCGAAGCUGCUGCUCGAAUAAUAGGCUUUUCUAGAUCAAAACGUGUAACGCAUAUUUGUUGAUGAACAAUGAGAAAUAAUGUGUGUCUCUUGAUCAUUUGCUUCGUAAAAAUAAAUAGUUUUCUACAAAA